AUACAUGUGGAGGAGGUCGGAGGACAGCUUUCAGGUAUUGAUUUUCUCCUUCCACCACGUGGGUUCCAGAGACAGGACUCAGGAGGCCAGGCUUGUUGGCUUGGUGGCGCCAAGACUUAAGAGAGUGGUCUCUGCCCACUUUGUGGCUGCGUGUCUUUGGUCUCCUGUUUUUGUCUGCUUGCUACUGUGUUGUUAAUCUGUAACUCUUACGCGAUGAAGCCUUUAUCUCAACAUUUGAGACUUCUCACAUUGGUGGCUGUCCUAAAAAUGGCAGUCAAAACCCAGGGCACAGGGAAAGUUCUCCUUCCAAAUGACUAAUUCCUUGAGAGUUUACUGACUAAAUUACCCAUGUCCGCCUUAGUUUUGUGGUCAGAGAACACGUACAAGUCAGAAAGACUCCCAUAGGCUGUGGGUGUAGCUCAAGGCCAGAGCACUUGCCUAGUAAGUGCAAGGUCAUGGGUUUAAUCCCAAGUCUUGCCAAAGCUGGGUGAUGAUAUCACAAGUUCAAGGCCCAGCCUGGGCUACAACAUGAGACUGCUUCAAACUGUAAAAUAAAACUCAAAAAGAUUCCGGGCAAUUGCUUACCUCCCGGGCUGUUACACUCUUCACUCUAAAGCAGUAGCCCUUCCCCGAGGGUUGUGGAGAUGGAAGGAUAGCCAGGAAAGUACUUUGCAAACUGUGCUGGGGUGGGGGAAAGAGCUGGGGAUCUGGCCCCGAGAUUGGUUUGGUUCUCUCUGCCGAGUCUCAGGAAGAACGGCCUGCUGCCUCGGGGUGGGACUGGGUUCCCAGAGGGGCCUAAGGAACUCCCAUUCUUUCUGGGGGUUAUAGGGCACCCCAAGGACUGGAAUCACAGCAAGCUGCUUUCAGCGUUCACUUCCAAGGCAAGACUAUAUAACCUAUUUUAAAAGGGUGCAUGUGGCUAAACCCAGAGUAGCCAGGGACAUUUCAAACUGGCACCACCUCUUCUGGCUGCUUCUGAGGCCAUCCGGAGGCCAGGCCGGAAAAGUAAAGAGAGGACCUCAGAGUCUGAGACCUUUGCGCAGAGGGCUGGAGUGUUGAGGAGGGCGGGAAGAGAGAACAGGGAGGAGGAGGGAGCUGGGUGCGGAGGCCACACCUUUCAUUCCUGCGCUGCUGCACCGGCUGGGGCGGGGUGAGUCACUGGCUGGAUCUGCUGUUCCCCCUCCCAUAGUGAGGACUCGGACCUCUCUGGGGAAAAACUGCGGUGCCUGCUCGUUCUGUCCUUGGCAGGGUGCUGGGAGUCCUGGGUCUGCCGGGUCUGGCCUCUGGGGCCACGACUGGCUUUCCCUGAUGUAUGGUAAGAGCCCUGCGCGUGUGCUUCCACUUCUCCUGGGCUUACACCUCACAGCUCUUUGUCCUACAAUAGCGGUGGAAAUUUACACCUCUGGGGCCCUGGAGGCAGUCAAUGGAACAGACAUUCGGUUAAAAUGCACUUUCUCCAGCUUUGCCCCUGUGGGUGAUGCCCUGACAGUGACGUGGAACUUCCGGCCUCGAGAUGGGGGGCGUGAGCAGUUUGUAUUCUACUACCACGUGGAUCCCUUCAGACCCAUGAGUGGACGGUUUAAGGACCGGGUGGUCUGGGAUGGGAACCCUGAGCGCUACGAUGUCUCCAUCAUCCUCUGGAACCUGCAAUUCGAUGACAAUGGGACGUAUACCUGCCAGGUGAAGAACCCACCUGACGUUGAUGGUCUGGUAGGGUCCAUCCGGCUCAGCGUGGUGCAUACUGUGCCGUUCUCUGAGAUCUUCUUCCUGGCUGUGGCCAUUGGCUCUGCCUGUGCCGUGAUGAUCAUAAUAGUGAUUGUGGUGGUCCUCUUCCAGCACUUCCGGAAAAAGCGAUGGGCGAAAAGGGCUGAUAAAGAUGAGGGGAUAAAAUCAAAAGAAGAGGAAAAACUCAAACCAGAGACUCACAAGGUCUCCAUUUAUUUGGAAGAUACAGACUAAUGCUGUGAGGAAGCUGAGGAUUUUCAAGGACAACAUUAGUACCCCUUGAAGUCAAUGGAAUCUUCGCCAGUGAUGACCUGUCACCCUACAAGUUCUGCAGCACAAACCUGCCUAGUUGAGCAACGCCCCUGCCGUGCAACUCAGGAUUCAUCCUGAGCAAAAGCCACUAGACUCAUGUAUACCUUCGUUACUAGGGUCUUACCUAAUUCCAGAGUGCAAAUGUGUUCUGCUUCUGUGAACUGGAAGUUACAUUUUUGUCUUUCCACGUGCCUUAUGGGGUAUGACUUCUGAACUCCUGUGUGUAUUGGCAUCAAAGGACAGAAACAUCAGCUGGCCUGCCUGCCAGGAUAUUUCUUCUCACAUUUUAGUUUCUGUAGAACAACACAGAGGUAAGCUAAGGGGUCUAGAGAGAUGGCUGAACCUUUAGGAGCACUUGUGGCUCUUACAGGGGACUCCAGUUCCGUUCUUAGCAUUCACAUGGUGACUCACAACCAUCAGUAAUUCCAGUUCUAGGGGGUGUGACACCCUCUUCUAGUGUCUACAGGUACUGCAUGCACGUGGUACAUGUACAUACAUGCAGGCAAAACCCCCAUACGUAAAAUGAAAAUAAAUAAAAUCAUAAAAUGAUGAUGAGCUAAACCUCCCAGCCAUUUUUGAUUAACAGCAAAGCCCAAAUUCACACUGGAAGUCUGAUUUUCAUGGCUGUCCUUAAGUAAUAGACACAUCUUGUUUAACUGAAUUUUUCAGUAUGCUAGGUUUAUUGAACAAUUAAUCCCAGGUUUAGAGGUGACAGUGCAAGUCUAAGCACAGUAACUACAAAAGGUCACGAGGACACCAGUAUACCAGCAAAUGUUACCAGGAAGAAUCACUCAUCAUCAUUUUUAUAUUUUUCUGUUUUUAGGCAAGUUCUUAUUAUGUAUCACUGGCUGGUCUAGAACUAGUUAUGUAGAGCUGGUCUUAGAGUCAGAGAGCCCUCCCUCAGCUUUCAAGUGCUGGGAUUGAAGGUGGACCUCCAUAUUCAGCCGCACAGCAGGUUUGUACUGGGUACAGACAGCUCUGCUUACUUCCUGCGUCUGCCUCUCUCAGCAGAACCCAUGCUCCCAUGCUCUUUGCAGACUAGAGUCCUAAGCAGUUAAUCAGAAGACUUUGUGAUAUCAUUGUAUUAUAACUUAAAAAAAAAAAUUUAGACUCGUGAAGAAGGCCAACCCAAAGCAAAUGACCAUUCUGUACAGUCUAACAUAAGUGUGAGAACUGGAAGCAAUUAUUUAAAGUUCUUUUGGUUUUAAUUCACCUUAUUUUAAAGAGAAUUUGGGGAGCGGGAGAGAUGGCUCAGUGGUUAAGAGCAUUGCCUGCUCUUCCAAAGGUCCUGAGUUCAAUUCCCGGCAACCACAUGGUGGCUUACAACCAUCUGUAAUGAGGUCUGGUGCCCUCUUCUGGCCUGCAGACAUACACACAGACAGAAUGUUGUAUACAUAAUAAAUAAAUAAAUAUUUAAAAAAAAGAGAGAAUUUGGCAGGGAUCAAAGAAAUACCAAAACUACUUAAAUGUAAUGAACCAGUUUUAUUUUUCCCCUUAUUUUAUAGUAUAAAGCAAACUUUUACAAUGGGCUGUGGGAAGAAGGGGGAUGGAUUUUUUUCUUUGCAUCUAGUUACUUGGUGUGUGCACACAAGUCACAACAGCAUUGUUUGGAGAACACAGAACAUUUAAAAGUUUAGGCCUGGGUGAAGCUUUACAAUGUGAUGUUUUAGUCCUCAUUAGGCUGGGCUGAACAGAUUAUUUCUUUUAAUGAACUGGAAUAGAUUAAUUAGUUAAUUAAUUAAUCUAUUAAUCCAAUAGAUUGUAUUCUUAGAUCCAGGACCUUGACAUUUUACCUAGUCUUUAAAGCAAGUUGGCACAAUUUACAUUUGAAUCUUGGUCCUUGAAAUUCAUUCCAUUUCUCUCAUUCUGCUUUUUAAAAGUCUCUCUCUCUCUCUCUCUCUCUCUCUCUCUCUCUCUCUCUCUCUCUCCCUCUCUGUUAACUAAGACAGGAUCUGUUCUGUUUGUAACCUUGGCUGUUCUGGAACUCACUCCGUAGACCAAGCUGACCUUGAACUCAUAGAGUUCUGCCUCUCUCGUGCUGGGGUUUAAGGUGUGAGCUACCACAUCCUGGCCUAAAAACUUUCUGAAGCCACAAGUUAGACCUGUAUUUUCUCCUGCUCUUCAUAAUUCGCCAUUGUGAAUAUAACAACUGGAUAUUUCUUUAAAUGAUGCCUCAUGUAUGUUUUCUAUGUGUAAUGAAGUGGUUAAAAACGUCUCCAGCAAACUCGCAAAGUGUACCUUAUCUGAAUACUCAUGGGGCAUCACAGCCUUGUUCAGUGUCUCCUUCCUAAGAGCACUUUUGUACUGUAACUUAUUUUUUAUUAUGCCAGAAGCAUUGUGUAAAUAAAGCCUUAGUAAUAAAGAA